AUGUCACUUGCUACGCCUCGCAGCGAAACAGGAACACAUGAUAGGAUUGUCAUUACGCCAUCGACCACGCAACAUAGCCAUCUGGUAGAUGAACCGCCACGAGAUUUAGCAGAGCGUCACUUGAUAAGAAAACUUGAUAUGCUAAUAAUGCCGAUCACAUACCUACUCUAUAUUCUUGCGUACCUCGAUAGAAGCAACUUGGGGAACGCCAAGCUGCAAGGUUUAGAUGUAUCUCUUUUUCCGAAUGACGUGUCUGGAAACCAAUUCGCACUUCUUUCAGCAAUGUUUUAUAUUGCAUUUCUUUCGUGGCAAAUCCCUUUGACUUUGGCUGCCAAGCGAUUUCCGCCUAACCUCGUCAUCGGUAUCGUAGCAGUUGCUUGGGGUAUAUCAUCAUCACUUCAAGCAGCCACCUUCAACUAUGCGGGUAUCACUACGACUCGAUACUUUCUUGGUUAUUUGAAGCUGGAUAGUAGUGCUCCCGUGGUUCCAUUCUACUAUACUUUAUUCUAUCUAAAGUCAGAGCAUGGGUUCCGCACUUCUCUUUACGUCAGCGGUGCACCACUCGCGAGUGCCUUCGGUGGUCUCAUCGCAUAUGGAGUGCAGAAUAUCCGCUCUAUAGCAACCUGGCGGAUUUUAUUUCUCAUUGAAGGGCUUCCCACUAUUCUGGUGGGACUAUUAGCCUCUGCUUCAACUCGUUUAGCAAGAGAGGUUGUAUCUGAAGGGAACAGGAUCAAUUGGCAACACGUGGUUGAGCUUGACAGAUUACAAGGCAUGGCUGCGUUGCCCUCGCGUCAUAUCAGUAUUUUUGCCUUCCAUUAUCAAGUCUUUGGGCUAUACGGAUGCAAAGGCACAGAUGAUGACAGUACCCCUUAUGCUUGCGCAUGUAUUGUCAUGGUUCUAGUUGCUAAAGCUAGCGAUCACUUCAAGACUCGUGGACCGUUUGCGGCGGCUUCGCUCGCCCUUAGCGGUAUUGGGUACACGAUCCUUUUAGCAGUUCCUACAAUGGCCAUAAAAGUCCGUUAUGCCGCGAUCGUCCUGGCUGUCACCGGCACAUACAGUGGUUUUCCAGUCAGCACGCAUAUCAUGGACGAUGGGUAA